AUGGAUGGGAUCGAUCCGGACGUCCUGCUAGAAUGGCUUCAAACGGGUAUUGGAGACGAAAGGGAUCUCCAGAUGAUGGCCCUCGAGCAGCUGUGCAUGUUGCUGCUCAUGUCUGACAAUAUCGAUCGAUGCUUUGAAUCGUGUCCUCCGCGAACGUUCCUUCCUGCGUUGUGCAAAAUUUUCCUGGAUGAAACUGCUACAGAGGCUGUUCUUGAGGUCACUGCCCGUGCUAUUACUUAUUACCUUGAUGUUUCCAACGAAUGCACCCGAAGAAUAAUUCAAGUGGAUGGCGCUGUUAAGGCAAUAUGCAGUCGACUUGCUGCUGCCGAAAUGACUGACAGAACCAGUAAAGAUUUAGCUGAGCAAUGUGUGAAACUUCUCGAGCAUAUUUGUCAGCGCGAGACGCUCGCCGUUUAUGAUGCUGGUGGUAUGCACGCUAUGCUUACAUUAGUUCGACAACAUGGUUCGCAAGUCCAUAAGGACACAAUGCACUCCGCAAUGUCUGUAGUCACACGUUUAUGUGGUAAAAUGGAACCAAAUGAUGCUGCCCUUCCGCAAUGUGCUGAAAGUCUUGGAGCUUUGCUUGCACAUGAGGAUAAUAAGGUUUCUGAGAGCGCUUUGCGUUGCUUCGCAGCUCUCACAGACCGUUUCAUUCGCAAGAUGCUCGACCCGGCUGAGCUAGCCACGCACAGCAAUUUGGUUGAGCACCUGCUAACCACACUGUCUAGUGAAACUGCUGCCCAUUCUGCCAAUUUCAUCUCCAUUGUUCUCUCGUUGCUUAGUAAUCUUUGUCGAGGGAGUGCUGCGGUUACCGAGCAGGUGUUGAGUUCUCCACGCUUGAUCUCGGCGCUACAGUGUGUUCUGACCAAUAAGGACGAUCGUUGCGUGACGGAUGGACUUCGGCUGGCUGAUCUACUGGUUGUGCUGUUAAGCGAAGGACGAUCGGCUCUUCCUUUCACAAUGGCGUAUCAGUCAAGUGGAGAGCCUGGACAGAGCGGCCAAAGUGCCGAGCGCGCUCAUCGUCAUCUCAUUGACGCAAUUAGGCAGAAAGAUCUUAGUGCUCUCGUCGAUACGAUUGACAAUGGCGUCGACACAAUGCACUCCGCAAUGUCUGUAGUCACACGUUUAUGUGGUAAAAUGGAACCAAAUGAUGCUGCCCUUCCGCAAUGUGCUGAAAGUCUUGGAGCUUUGCUUGCACAUGAGGAUAAUAAGGUUUCUGAGAGCGCUUUGCGUUGCUUCGCAGCUCUCACAGACCGUUUCAUUCGCAAGAUGCUCGACCCGGCUGAGCUAGCCACGCACAGCAAUUUGGUUGAGCACCUGCUAACCACACUGUCUAGUGAAACUGCUGCCCAUUCUGCCAAUUUCAUCUCCAUUGUUCUCUCGUUGCUUAGUAAUCUUUGUCGAGGGAGUGCUGCGGUUACCGAGCAGGUGUUGAGUUCUCCACGCUUGAUCUCGGCGCUACAGUGUGUUCUGACCAAUAAGGACGAUCGUUGCGUGACGGAUGGACUUCGGCUGGCUGAUCUACUGGUUGUGCUGUUAAGCGAAGGACGAUCGGCUCUUCCUUUCACAAUGGCGUAUCAGUCAAGUGGAGAGCCUGGACAGAGCGGCCAAAGUGCCGAGCGCGCUCAUCGUCAUCUCAUUGACGCAAUUAGGCAGAAAGAUCUUAGUGCUCUCGUCGAUACGAUUGACAAUGGCGUCGUCGAUGUCAAUUUCACCGACGAUGUGGGACAAACAUUAUGCAAUUGGGCUUCAGCUUUUGGUUCACUAGAAAUGGUUCAGUAUUUGUGCGAUAAGGGGGCUGAUGUGAAUAAAGGACAUAAGAGCAGUAGCUUGCAUUACGCAGCUUCUUUUGGACGACCUGAUAUUGUAAAAGUACUACUGCAACGGGGUGCAAAUCCGGAUUUGAGAGACGAAGAUGGAAAGACGGCAUUGGACAAAGCUAGGGAGCGCACUGACGAGGAUCACACUCAAGUUGCUCAGAUACUUGAGAGUCCUUCAGUGUACAUGCAUUCAAAGUCCGAUGAGCAGAAUAAAUCGAAGCAGGCCUCCGUUGUUCGCAAAAACAGUACGAGUGACCUUCCCGAUCGUGAAUUAGCCCUCCGCGUUCUUCACCAGCUGUUACCAAUUUUCUGCGAGAUCUUCAUGAAAUCACUGUCUGCUAGUGUACGGCGCACGUCGUUGUCGCUAUUGCGGAAAAUUGUUGAGCAUAUGCAACUUGACGACAUUAGAUCGCCUCCUAGUCAAGCAAUAGAAUCUCAAGGUUCUUCAACAGAUAUGCAAACGUCUUCCGCAGCAGAUUUGCCGCCAGGGGCGGAAAAUUUGGUGACUGUGGUCGUUUCCGUCCUUGAGCAAGAGGAAGAUCAUGACGGACAAGAACAGGUGUUACUGAUUCUUUCUUCACUACUACGUAAAGAUCCGGAGUUAUGGGUUCCUGAGCUUGUCCGUUUGGGUGUUUUCGAACGAGUCGAGGCUAUGGCUAAAGAACCGCCGAAAAGUUCUGACGACGACGAUGAUGAUGCCGAUCGAGCAGAAGAACUCAAUGCCCGGAACAGUGCUAUGAGCAGAUCUACUACCUCUACUCCUUCUGUGGCAAUGGAACUGGACGUGGUUGAGAGGAGCAUCUCCGCUGGUAUAAAUGAUGAAACAGAAAAAGAACGUGCAGGCUAUGUUGAAUGUUAUGAUGGAGAUAUGCCAUAUCGAUGGAAAGAGUGGCGCGUGAUUCGUGGUGAAGAGUCCACAUUCAUCUGGUGCGACGUGCUUGCGUUGGAGCUAAGCUUCAACAGCAAUGGGUGGUUCCGUUUUUUCAUGGACGGGGAAGUGACUACAAUGUUCAACAAUGGUGUCGCUGAAAGCGUGUCUGAUGACGUUCGGGCUGAAACGAAAAAGUCCUUCAUGACGAGAUGGAGGAGAGUCAAACAAAUGUGGAACGAUGAUUCACUCCCUGUCAGCAUAUUAUGCGUACCUUGCAUGGGUAAAAAGGUGGAGUUCCCUCGUUGGGAAAUGUGGAGUUCUCGUUCCACUGAGCUCACGAUCAAGUGCUGCAAGAGCGAGGAACACAUAGUUGUCAAGGAUGAACUUGGUGGAUUUGUCGUAGAGACGAGCGAUAAAACGAAGCACAGCCAAAUGCCUGAGACAGCGCUAUCCUCGGAAUUCCACACAGGAUGGAGCUCGCACGGAAUGACUGCGAGGCGAUCGAAAUUCAGAGGGGAAAUUCAACGUAGAAAAGUGCAAGAGCUAGCAUGGGAGCUAUGGAAUAAUCACCUGAAAGAGGCGCGUGCUAAACCACGUGAAGCGCUAAUUGAACUGCAGAGAGCCGCGAUUUGCAUUCAGGAUGCGGUAACAACAGCAAAUCUCAUUGCUGGGAUUUCCAUCAAGAGUAAACAUGUGAAGCAGCCGCGUAUUGAGAAAGUUCAAGAGUUGGUGUCGGCUCUGAAAUGUGUUCGAGAAUCGGUGCUGGACGACAGGCGGCUUUCAACUUUCGAAUUUUCCGUCUCUGGCAUUGUUCCCGCGUUACAUAAUCUGCUGGCUCUAGUCGAGCGCCAACCUGGAAGCUACCCUGCUCGCAUAUUCGGAGAGACGUUCGCGCAUGGAGUGGCUUUAUCGAGUCUUGCCAUGAAAAUGGUCUCUGUGCUGGAAUCGACAGAGAAGUUCCCGCAGUACCUCUAUGACACUCCGGGUGGAUCAGCGUUCGGACUGCAGCUGUUGUCCCGGCGAAUCCGCAUGAAACUUGAACAUGCUAUCAGUGAACACGAUGACAAGAAACAGCUGAUCAAUAGAAGCGGUCGCUUGUUGAAAAGUGAACCACUGACAACGAUUGGACAGCUGAAGUCGUUCCUUUUGAAGAUGGUGGCGAAGCAGUGGUUCGAUCGUGAUCGCGCUAACCUCGGCUUUGUAAAAGCCAUUGAAGAAUCGAAGAAAUCUGGAGAGCGCAUUAGGUUGACCUAUACCAGCGAUUUCGAUGAGCAAGGUGUGAUUUAUUGGCUGGGAACAAACGGCAGAACAGCAGCUGACUGGACCAAUCCGGCCUCGAUCGGGAUUGUUCAGGUGACAUGCUCUGAUCAAAGACAGCCGUUUGGAAAACCGGAAGACGUUCUAAGUCGUGACGUUAAUCCGAUCAACUGCCAUUCCAGUGAUGACAAGAAUGCGAACUUUACGAUUGACCUUGGCAUUUUCCUCUACCCGACCGCGUAUACAUUGCGUCAUGCAAGAGGUUAUGGACGAUCGGCGCUUCGAAAUUGGCUCUUGCAGGGAUCGAAAGACAAGCAAGUCUGGGAGGUGCUCGUUGCUCACUCGGAUGACAUAAGCCUCGGCGAUCCUGGGUCCACCGCCACCUGGCCGAUUGAGGAUGACAGAACCAAAGGCCCAUUCCGGUACUUACGCAUCGCGCAGAAUGGCAAAAACUCUUCUGGUCAGACGUGUUAUCUGAGCGUCUCCGGUUUUGAAGUGUAUGGCGAGAUUGUCGACGUCGUUAUCGAUGGGUUCACAGUACCAAAAGAGGAGAAGGACAGAAGUGGAUGUUCUAUUGGCAAGUCUAAGAUACCACUGCCAUCGUCGUCACGCAAGGAUUCAAAUCGUGAUGAGAAAGUCGAAUCACUGAUGCCACAAGGAGCAAAUAACAAUAAGCUUAGAGCUGGCUUAACUGCGGAUAUGGUCUCUAUGAUGCACACAAGAUCUCGGUUCGCUAAAGUACCCUCAACAUCAUCGGCCAGUGCAGCUGCAACUAGCUCUUCUAAUAUUGGCAAAAAGUCCAUGUCAACCACGAACCUGGUGGAAGAUCGCGCGAAGGCAGGACCGAGCGUAGCGUCGACAGGUCAGGCUGCGUCUGCAGAAUCCUUGCAGCACCAGACUCAGUCGUUGGAAAAUCUCCUCGCAAGAGCUAAUCCGCACAAGUUUGGCAGAAUAGCUGAAACCAUGGAAAGUGGUGCCGAAACUCCAGAGCCAGGACAUCAAACACCGGUUGCUGCUGAGACUGAAGAAAGCGAUUCCGCUGCAAGCGCUGCUGGAUCUCAUGCUGCCCUAUCCGUGUGUUCGUCGCAGUCGUCCGUAGUUGAUGCUACUCCGCGUGAUGGUGCUACUCCAUCUGCUCCUCAAGUGGAUUCAUCGAAAAUGAGCAGAAAUGAGAAAGUUAAUUUUGCUGACAUGAUGGUCGAUGCGCUUCAAACCUCCUCCGAACGAAGUUUAUUCGAAAAACUACGUGAGGUGUUUGGCACAGAGGAUUCGUUAGAACACCUCAUUACUUCAUCGUCGAACACUGAGCCUGGAGAGGUGACAGCUCCAUCUACAUCCAGUUCUGCCUCGCAAAAGAACAUCAAGAAGGACAAGACCACCCUCAAGCAAAAAUUAGGAAACUACGCUGAUGUUCUGAAGGGUAUCAUGCAGACAAUGAUGGAUCCAAGUGAGGAUUCGUUAGAACACCUCAUUACUUCAUCGUCGAACACUGAGCCUGGAGAGGUGACAGCUCCAUCUACAUCCAGUUCUGCCUCGCAAAAGAACAUCAAGAAGGACAAGACCACCCUCAAGCAAAAAUUAGGAAACUACGCUGAUGUUCUGAAGGGUAUCAUGCAGACAAUGAUGGAUCCAAGUGGUAAUUCGCUAGAAGUUGAAGAAUUGCUCGAUGAGGAUGACUAUUAUGACGACGAGGAAGGUAAUGAAGAGGACAUUGAGGAUGACCUGAAUGCGCUCGGAGUUCCCGUUGACUCACUAGCUACAGUGCUUACGGGUCGAGGAGGUGAAGGAUUCAAAUUGAAUUGGAAACAGCUGAUGAGUGGAGGCCUGGACUCGAGAAAUCGCGAUCAGCGUGGUGGUAACAAGAAUAACUUCCGUUCAUGGGACGACGAAUUAGUAUUGAAGUGUUCGUUCCAGGCGUUAAUUCCUGCGUUCGAUCCAAGACCCGGCCGUACGAAUGUGAACCAGACUCAGGAUGUGGAACUUCCCGCUGUGGUACCCGAUCCCGCACAAACGAAGCCAGUUACGCACCCCGAGGAGACCUCCUUGCGGUUGUUCCUUCGCGGUCCGAAUAUGAGCGGUAUCGAGAAUGUGACUAUUGAGAUGGGCGCGGACGAUCACAGCCUAUUCUACUACGUCCAAGCGCUGGUUGGUGCUAUCGAUUGGGGAGCGUGCGAACGCAGCCGUCGUGUAUGGGAGCCAACGUACACGUUGGUUUAUGAAGAUGCAUCCUUACCUUAUGUGACCAAGUUCUCUCAUGUUGCGUCAGAUGACAGCAAAGUCCCACCUGCUGUCAAUGAGUGCCUCGAAGUUAUUGGUCUUUUGUCCCGAAUUGGAGAGCGUUUCCCUGACGCGCAGAUCAGUCCACAGGUGUUCAUCAGCGACAAGCUGACUCUGAAACUUACUCAGGAGCUAUCUGACGCAUUGGUAGUGGCCGCAAGAGCUAUGCCCGACUGGUGUUCUCGUCUGAUUUACGGCUAUCCAUGCCUGUUUUCCGCUGAAACCAAGAAUAUGUACAUGCAAGCGACCGCAUUCGGAGUAUCGCGUACGAUAGUAUGGCUACAGUCUCGCCGCGAUGCUGCACUAGAUCGGGCAAGAGGUGCUGCUCAAAGUACCACCAGUAGCGCAACCAGACCUCACGAUCGGUAUCAGGAGUAUCGCGUUGGGCGGUUGAAGCAUGAGCGUAUAAAGGUUACUCGAUCGGAGGAGCACCUUUUGGAACAAGCCAUACGUGUAAUGAAAUUCCACGCUGAUCGGAAGGCUGUGCUUGAGAUAGAAUACGUUGGUGAAGAGGGUACAGGCUUGGGUCCUACACUGGAGUUCUAUGCAUUGGUUGCUGCUGAGCUGCAAAGAAAGGCGCUUGCCAUCUGGCUAUGUGAUGACAUGGAUGAACAUCAGCUGAAGAUGGAGGAACGAGAGCUUGAUCUUGGCGAAGGAAAAAAGCCACCAGGAUUCUACGUGCGUCGUGCUGGAGGUCUGUUCCCAGCCCCUCUGCCACCACAUACUGAUGAAGUUCGUCGUGCGUCUGAGAUGUUCCGAGUUCUCGGAAUCUUCCUCGCUAAGGUCCUCCAGGAUGGAAGACUUGUGGAUUUGCCAUUGGCUCGACCAUUCUUGAAACUUAUCGUAUCACCACAUCUUAGCGAAGCUGAAGAGCCGUCACUCGAUCGAGUGCUUUCGUUGGAUGAUUUUGAAGAGGUCCAUCCUGUCAAGGGAGGUUUCUUGAAAGAGUUGCGUGCGUUGGCACAAAGGAAACGAGCGAUUGAAAAUGAACCGAUGUUGGAUCGAGAGGCGAAGAGGCGAAAGAUCGACGAACUAAAAUUAUGCAUUCAUGGCACUCGCUGCCGUGUGGAGGACCUUGCCCUCAAUUUCACGGUUAAUCCUCCAUCAUCGGUGUUCGAUUAUGAAGAGAUGGAAUUGGUCGAAGGCGGUGCAGACAUGGAUGUUACUAUGGAUAAUGUCGAGCUUUAUGUACAGAAAUGUGCAGACUUUUAUUUGAAUACGGGCAUCAUCAACCAAAUGCGUGCAUUCCGUGACGGCUUUGAUCGUGUUUUCGGUCUUCGAGCUCUCCGCUCCUACAGCCCUGAAGAGGUUCAGGUGAAUACUUGUGUGCACUACCUCAAACUGCCCGAGUAUUCGUCAGCUGAUAUAUUACGGGAACGUCUUCUGACGGCGGUCAACGAAAAAGGAUUCCAUCUCAAUUAA